UCCCGCCAUCAGCCGCCCUCCCUGCCUGGGGGGGAGCCAGCGGCUCUGCCUCUCUCCGGGUCCAGCGGCCCUCCCUGCGCUGCCCCCCCGUCCGGCUCCUCCCCCUCGGCGCGGACUCGGGGCUUCCGGCAGGCCGGUCGGGGGGCUCGGGACUCGCGGACGCAGAACUUGUCCACUGAAGGAAGCUCUAUUUUUUACUUUUUAAUUUGUCCAGAAGUGAUUUAUUUUUAAAGAAAGUAUGUCUCCUCUGAAGAUACAUGGUCCUAUCAGAAUUCGAAGUAUGCAGACUGGUAUAACGAAAUGGAAAGAAGGGUCCUUUGAAAUUGUGGAAAAAGAAAAUAAAAUCAGCUUAGUCGUUCACUACAAUACUGGAGGAAUUCCAAGGAUAUUUCAGCUAAGUCAUAACAUUAAAAAUGUGGUGCUCCGACCCAGUGGAGCAAAGCAGAGCCGCCUGAUGCUGACGCUGCAGGAUAACAGCUUUUUGUCUAUUGACAAAGUGCCGAGCAAGGAUGCUGAGGAAAUGAGAUUGUUUCUAGACGCCGUCCAUCAGAACAGACUCCAUGGAGCAAUGAAAUCUCAGGGAUCUGGUAGUUUUGGAGCGAUUCUGGGUAGCAGGACUUCACAGAAAGAAACCAACAGGCAGCUUUCCUACUCAGAUAAUCAGGCCUCUUCAAAAAGAGGAAGCUUGGAAACUAAAGAUGAUUCUCCGUUUCGGAAAGUGCUUGGGAACCCAGGUAGAGGGUCCAUCAAGACUGCGGCAGGGAGUGGAAUAACUGUCCCCAGGACGGUCCCCUCGUUGCCUUCUUUGACAUCUACGUCAACACCUCUUAGGUCGGGGAUUUUGGAAAACAGGACCGAAAAGAGGAAAAGAGUGCUAUCUUCUGGCUCAGAGUUGAACGAAGAUUACCCUAAGGAAAAUGAUUCAUCAUCGAACAAUAAAGCUAUGACAGAUUCCUCAAGAAAAUAUCUAACCAGCAGCAGAGAGAAACAGUUGAGUUUGAAACAGUCAGAAGAGAAUAGAACAUCAGGGCUUUUACCUUUGCAGUCAUCAUCCUUCUAUGGCAGCAGGGUAGGAUCCAAGGACUACUCUUCCGGCAGCUCUACCCUAGACAGGACUAACGUUUCCAGCCAAACUCCCUCGGCCAAAAGAAGUUUGGGGUUUCUUCCUCAGCCGUCUCCGCUCUCUGUGAAGAAGCUGCGGUGUAACCAGGAUUACACUGGCUGGAACAAACCCAGAGUACCCCUUUCUUCUCACCAACAGCAACAACUACAGGGCUUCUCCAAUUUGGGAAAUACCUGCUAUAUGAAUGCUAUUUUACAGUCUCUGUUUUCGCUGCAGUCAUUUGCAAAUGACUUGCUUAAACAAGGUAUCCCAUGGAAGAAGAUUCCACUCAAUGCACUUAUCAGACGCUUUGCACACUUGCUUGUUAAAAAAGAUAUCUGUAAUUCAGAGACCAAAAAAGAUUUACUCAAGAAAGUUAAAAAUGCCAUUUCAGCUACAGCAGAGAGAUUCUCUGGUUAUAUGCAGAAUGAUGCUCAUGAAUUUUUAAGUCAGUGCUUAGAUCAGCUAAAAGAGGAUAUGGAAAAAUUGAAUAAAACUUGGAAGACUGAAUCUAUCCCUGGUGAAGAAAAUUCUCCAGAUGUUUCAGCCACCAGAGUGUAUACGUGCCCUGUUAUUACCAAUUUGGAAUUUGAGGUUCAGCAUUCCAUUAUCUGCAAAGCUUGUGGAGAAAUUAUUCCCAAAAGAGAACAGUUUAAUGACCUCUCCAUAGAUCUUCCUCGAAAGAAAAAACCACUUCCUCCUCGUUCCAUUCAAGAUUCCCUUGAUCUUUUCUUUAGGGCAGAGGAGCUUGAGUAUUCCUGUGAGAAGUGUGGUGGGAAAUGUGCUCUCGUUAGGCACAAAUUCAACAGGUUACCCAGGAUCCUUAUUCUUCAUUUGAAGCGAUACAGUUUCAACGUCGCCCUCUCACUUAACAACAAGGUCGGGCAACAAGUCAUCAUUCCCAGAUACCUGACCCUGUCGUCCCAUUGCACUGAAAACACAAAACCACCCUGCACGCUCAGUGGGAGCACACACACCACAGUUUCUAGACCAUUGAAAGCCUCUCAAAUGGUGAAUUCCUGCGUCACCAGCCCUUCUACACCUUCAAAGAAUUUUACCUUUAAAUCCAAGAACUCCUUGGCUUUAUGCCUUGAUUCGGAUGGUGAAGAUGAGCUUAAACGUUCUGUGGCCCUGAGCCAGCGACUUGGUGAAAUAACAGGUAGUGAACAACUGCAGGAAGACCUGGAGAAAGAUUCCAAAUUCUGCAGAACAGAGCCUGGGAAGGCUGAGCUGGAGACCCCAGGGUUGGAAGGGAUGAGUGAGGAAGAGCUUCUAGCCGCCGUGUUAGAGAUCAGUAAACGAGAAACUUCACCGUCUCUGAGUCACGACGAUGACGACAAACCAACCAGCAGCCCCGACACUGGAUUCGCAGAAGAUGAUAUUCAAGAAAUGCCCGAAAAUCCAGACUCUGUGGAACCCGAGAAACCCAGAACGGCUGCAGAGCUGGAUCCUGCCGGUUUUACUGAGAUCACCAAAGACUGUGAUGAGAAUAAAGAGAACAAGACUCCGGAAGGCUCUCAGGGAGAGGUCGAUUGGCUUCAGCAGUACGACAUGGAGCGUGAGCGAGAAGAACAAGAGCUGCAGCAGGCGUUGGCCCAGAGCCUCCAGGAGCAAGAAGCGUGGGAACAGAAAGAAGACGAUGACCUCAAAAGAGCGACAGAGUUAAGUCUUCAAGAGUUCAACAGCUCUCUGCUGGAUUCCCUGGGCUCCGACGAGGACUCUGGAAACGAGGAUGUCUUGGAGAUGGAGUACACGGAAGCCGAAGCAGAGGAACUCAAGAGAAACGCUGAGACAGGAAAUCUUCCUCAUUCUUACCGGCUCAUCAGCGUCGUCAGUCACAUCGGAAGCACUUCUUCUUCAGGCCAUUACAUUAGUGAUGUGUAUGACAUAAAGAAGCAGGCGUGGUUCACUUACAAUGAUCUGGAGGUGUCGAAAAUCCAAGAGUCUUCUGUGCAGACUGAUCGGGAUCGAAGCGGUUACAUCUUCUUCUACAUGCACAAGGAGAUCUUUGACGAGCUGCUGGAAACAGAAAAGAACUCUCUGGCAGUGAACGCCGAGGUGGGGAAGAGCGCGCGGCAGGCCUCCUGAGGCCCGCAGGGAUGCCCCGUGCGUCUGCACGUCUCGGACUGCCCCGCCUCGCCUGCCUUCCGCCCGAGGACAUGGGCCUCCGCUCGAGACCGGAGCAACACACAGCUCAGGGCCGCCCAAACGACGAGGGUGCGGGGAUGCAGUGUGCUCCACACUACCUGCUCCAUGGAAGCUUGGGUCUCACGUCGGUCACUGAUGAUCCUCCCUUUCUCCUACACAAGCGGCACUUCCUUUUUGUCUUGGGAGUACCUGUUGUAAAUAUAUAUAUAUAUAUAUAUAUAUAUAUACAUA